AACGAAUGGCGAUAAAAGUUAUUGACAGUGUUGGGCCAGGUUGGCACAAUGGAGACGUCUAUCCCACUCCUUCUUGGUUGGCUCCUUAUACUAGGAAAUCGAUGUUCAGUCCUGGCUAUGUGGAAACAAACUGGUACGUUUGGAGAAACUUUGUAUAUUGGAAGUAUCGAUGGUACUCCCUCAUUUGGAGAAACUCUACCUGGAGCAAUUGGAGAUGUAUCGUGUGUCAAAAGUGGAAAUGAUACUACUGAUAUGGAAAAUUAUGAUACAGAAAUCCAUUCUAUUGUUGACAACGAGUACAAAGAAGAGGUUCUAUCAGAUUAUUUUAUCCAAGUGUUUGCAGAUGUAUAUGAUUGUAAAAUCGAAGUGGACAAAGAAGAAGAAAAUGAAGAGGAAAAAGAAAGAGAGGAAGAGAAAGAAAAUGAAAAUUAUGAUAAAUCUAAGAUAGUAAAUUUUAAGUUGAUUUAUCAGAGACUGUUAAGCAUUGAAGAAAUCUUCGAGGUGGAAUUCAAUUCUGGAAUUCAAGUAUCUGUAAAGAAAUUCGAUGUGGAUCGUGUCCAAGUUGAUGAGAGAAAGUGUUUUCUACCUCAAAGGAUGAAUUGCCACAACAGUUUGAGUGCGAAAUCCAAAUCAACUCUUUUCUAGGAAUUGAACAACUAGGGGACACACCAACAUUCAUUCCAAAGUACGUAUUUAGUAUAUACGUAUUUUAGAGAGUACGUUUUCACUCAAUAUUUUUUCAAUAUAAUUUAUCAUGAAGUUCUAUAGAUAUGAUUUUCAUAAAUUGAAAUCGGAUCUUCGAACUGGAAUUCG